ACUGUACUGUGUGUUGUAGUCUGCAAUGAUGGUUUAGUCAAAUUAUUUGUUUUAAAAUUGUCUCUAAAUUCUGAAAGCUCUCUCUCACUCACUGCCUCCCUGGCCACCAGCUUUCAUCCAACAGGAGGAGGAGGAGGUCAACUGACUGAUCUUAUUGUUCAUCCAGACACUGGAGGCUGUCUAUUGCAUAUCUGCUAUGAUAAGACGAAUCUGCUCCAGUGGUCGUUAAGGGAUAUCACGCAAUCUGGAAAUUACAUGGCUAAACGUGAGAGUCUGUACAUUAUCCAUCAUCCCGUUUCCGCCAUGACAUGUACCGCCCUCUGUCUAAAGGGGUGUGGCACUUCUCCAUCCAGCCUUGUGACCACACCUGCUCCCGGCUCUGAGUUCAUGCUGGAUGUGACGAGUGAGUCACGUGACAAGAACUGGCCAAUAGAAUUGAUUGUAAUGCUACACACUGACAACUCUAUCACUGUACUAAACAGGACGUCAUAUCAAGUGUUGUGUAAUUAUAAAUUAGGUGGUGGAGAUGGAGAACCAGGUGCUAAACGGCUAAAGACCGAAGGAGAUUGGGGCGGGGCAGCAGGGGGUGUGGUCAAUGGAGACUGCAAUAUAUGUAUAUCGCCCAAUGGAGGGUGUGUUGCCGUGGCGACUGAGGGAGUCAUUAAUGUGAUUGCCUUCUCUCCUUUCUUCCUUGGGGAAAAAGGUUUUGAGUCUCCUGAUAUUUCAAGAUGGAGUCUAUUACUAGCUCUAGCUGCAGUUAAGAAUGUAUCAGUAUGGGACAUUGCCGUCAUGUGCAGUCGCGUCUCUUACAGACACAAAGAUGGUGGCCUGAUAAUGAAGGUACUAGAGCAAUGGGGGAAGGACUUCACUAGGAACUCUGAUACCUGGAGGGAUACACUGCUCCCAGUCUACUAUAGGAUAUGUCUUACUUUACACUGUUGUCAUGAUCAUGGGUUAACUCACGCCCUAGACCAGCGUGAUGUACUGAGACUUCAUUCAACCUUCUCUCUCUUUCUCCUUUCCCUCUCCUCCAAUAAAGAGUCAGAUUCAUCCCUUGCUUACUCUCUUAAAGAUUGUGCUGAGUCUCCUGAGGACAAUAUUGACGCCAUCACUCGCUCGCUCCAAAAUAAAGACUUUGAGAUUGACAAAGAUAUUGCAUCAGAACUACAGGUUCACGCUCACUGGAUUAUUGAGUUCUCGUUAAAGGUUUCAUCAAGAAUAGCAAAUCUAAUGGUUGGGAGGUAUCCUGAUAGGUUAAGUCUUAAGGUAUUACGACAGUGUCUUAUGUUGAUUUUUAUUUGGAAUAAAGUAUUGAAAAUGCCAGUUUUAUCAAUCAGUGAUUCAUCACUUUCUUUAUUAUUUAAAGUUAUAACUUGUACUAUUAAUAAUGAAAUGAACGUCCUUGAUGAAUCACUGAAAUCAGAUCUAUUGCGCAAUAUACCACCAAUGGAAUCAUAUUCAACUCUGACAUUAACAAAAGCAGCUAAUCUCCAAGGGUUUUUACAUGGUUUGUCUAAGACAGCAGAAUUACCCGAAACAUUCUAUCGGGAGAUUCCUCCUCGCCUGAGACCACACGUACAGGCAAACUACUCGUCAUACGACCCUUACUCUCCCCUUGGACUCGUGGUACCCAAAGGAAUCUCCCCUCCUUGGAGAGACAGGUUUAUAGAGGGACAACUGGAUGUGAUUCAUGGAGGAAUACUCACCAACGCUGUACUGAGGGAUACUAAACUCAGGCAAUGCAGCAACUGUCGCUCGUGGACUGUAGUAUCAGGGACCAGUGCCGUUGAUCCUGCCACUCCCUCUUCUCUCUCGUCUCCUAUACAGCAAUGGAGGCAUAGCUGGACCAGACACUGUCUGUGUGGUUCAAUGUGGCUCCAUACAAAACAAUAAACAACAACAACAACAAUAGAUUUAAUACGA